UCAAUAAUUCAGAAUUGAAAAUAAAGAAUCGAACAUUUUCUGCGCCGGAGAGUUUCCAAAAGUCAAACGUGAUAAAUACGCACAUUUCGAUUCCGAUCAUUCCACAAAUCGUGUAUGCUUCUCCACUGUCCCAAUAGUUCUCAGCUUCUUCGGAUUUCCAGAUCAAUCAAGAUAGCCGCGAUGAGCAGCAGCGGAGCAAAGAAACUCAUCAAGAUCGACGUCGUUGCUGACACUGUCUGCCCCUGGUGCUACGUAGGGAAAAAGAAUUUGGACAAAGCAAUAGCUCUAUCAAAUGAUCAAUUCGAUUUCGAGAUCAAAUGGCAUCCCUAUAUGCUUAAUCCUAACGCGCCUAAAGAAGGCGUUGUUAAGAAGGAUUAUUACCUGAACCGAUUCGGGCCUCGCUCUAUACAGAUGGAAUCUCGAAUGACUGAGAUUUUUAAGGGCUUGGGAAUGGAUAAUUAUGACACAUCAGGGCUCACAGGCAACACAUUGGACAGCCAUAGGUUGAUAUGGUUUGCCGGGACGCAGGGGUUGGACAAGCAGCAUAAACUUGUCGAAGAGCUUGACAAUGGCUACUUCACUCAGGGGAAGUAUAUAGGUGAUAGGGAAUUUCUCGUGGAGUGUGCCAAAAAGGUUGGUGUAGAAGGGGCAGCCGAGUUUCUACAAGAUCCCAACAAUGGACUCAAGGAGGUUAACGAGGACCUUAAACGCUACGCAUCACAAAUCAAUGGAGUCCCUCAUUACACGAUAAACGGGAAGAGCCAGCUGAACGGAGGUCAGCCACCUGAGACCUUCGUACGAGCUUUCCAAGCGGCUGCAUGACUGGUGCCUGAACCGAGUGAGGGACAAUAGUCUCUUUGAUUGUGUGUCUGUGUCAAGCCUCAUUAUCAUGUGUUUGAGGUGAUCUUAAACUUAACGUUGGUAUUGUGUUGAAUUUGCUCAGGUAUUGUGCUGCCAACUUAUGAGGUUUUCAUUCUUGUAAAUUGAAGCUACUACAUGAGUUGCUCUUUUAAAAAUACAAUGGACAAAUAAUUUGGUUGUGGUA